AUGGCGCCGCCCCCCACCUCCGGUAAGCACCCCCCCUCCCCCCGACCCAGGUUCCUACCCCGCACUGGCCCUAACCCGGCCCCCUUUCCUCCCCCUGCAGCUGCAGGCCCGCAGCAGCGCCGGCUCCUCAAGGCGGCGGCCGACGGCGACCUCGGCCGCUUCAAGAGCAUCGCGAGCGCGCUGGACGGCGGGAAGGGCCGCGCCAGGGAGGCGGUGGAGGCCGCCAGGGACGGCGGAUUCGGGGCGCUGCACGCCGCCGCCCGCCAUGGGAGGAUGGCCGUGUGCGUGUACCUGGUCGAGCAGCUUGGCGUGAACGUCGAUGCCGCAGACGACAAAGGUGAUACACCUCUGAAGUAUGCACUUGGUUCGGGGAAUUUGGAUAUUGUGAGGUAUCUCCUUGAUCAUGAUGCUGAUCCAGAAAAGCCUGGUGAACACGGAGCGACCGCUCUCCAUGUGGCAGCUGGAGCAGGAAUGUGUGAAAUGAUAGAAGUCUUGCUCUCAAAAGGAGCUGAUGUUAAUUCCGUUUCUUUCCGUGGGACACCAUUGCAUGCUGCUAUUGUCGGGAAGCAUGAUGCUGCUGUGAAGACCUUGUUGAAUCACCAUGCAGAUUGUAACAAGGCAAUGGCCAUACAUUAUACGCCUCUGAUCGCUGCUAUCCAUGUUCGCUCACUGAAGUGUGUGAAACUUCUGAUUAAGGCGGGUGCUGAUGUAAAGGGUGUUGGUCCACUAACCCCCUUAAUAGCUGCUGCAGAUGAUGGUUUAACUGAUUUCAACAAACCUUUACUUGCGGCUGGUGCUGAUGCUGAUGUUCGGGAUGAUGGAGGUCAACUGCCAAUUGAGAUUGCUGCACGUAACAAUAGACGGAAAGAUGUUGAGAUCCUUUUUCCGGUAACAUCUCGUAUUCCAUAUGUGCGUGAUUGGAGUGUUGAUGGGAUACUUGCGUAUGUCAAAUCAGUGCGAAACCAGGAGGACGACCCAUUGUACAAAAUGGGGCCAGCUUAUCUGAAAUCAGAAGGAAACAAGGCAUACAAGAGAAAAGAUUAUGUUUCUGCAAUAAAUUUCUACAACAUGGCAACCAAGCUUGAUCCUGAAGAUGUAACCUUGCAUUCAAAUAGGAGCGUUUGCUGGAUUAACUUGGGUGAAGGAGACAAGGCCUUGGAGGCAGCUGAAAUGUGCAGGAUCAUACGUCCUGAUUGGCCAAAGGCCUGUUACAGGCAAGGGGCGGCCCAAAUGUUUUUGAAGAACUAUGAAAAGGCAUGUGAUGCAUUUCAAGAUGGUCUGAAGUUGGACCCAACAAAUGUUGAGAUUGAGAACGCAUUAUGGUAA